UUGGCUUUCUCUGGGGUUGCCCUGGCAUUCACCCACACCAUGCUCACCCUCACCAACAGCUCCCGUAACGGGAUGGGCGGGCUGGCGGAGAACAGCAAGCCCCUGACCAUCCCCAUGGUCAUGUUCAUCUUUGGAGUGGUGGGGAACCUCACGGCCAUCGUGGUUCUUUGCAAGUCCAGGAAGGAGCAGAAGGAGACCACCUUCUACACACUGGUCUGUGGAUUGGCUGUCACCGACCUCUUGGGGACUUGCCUGGUCAGCCCAGUGACUAUUGCUACGUAUCUGAGAAACGAAUGGCCCGGUGGCCAACCUCUGUGUGAGUACAGCAGCUUCAUCCUCCUCUUCUUUGGCCUGUCUGGACUCAGCAUCAUCUGUGCCAUGUCCAUAGAGAGGUACCUGGCUAUCAACCAUGCCUACUUCUACAACCAUUAUGUGGAUAAGAAACUGGCGGCACUCACUCUUUUUGCCAUCUACAUUUCUAAUGUCCUCUUCUGUGCCAUGCCAAGCAUGGGUUUGGGGAAGACAAAGCUCCAGUACCCCUGCACGUGGUGCUUCGUAGACUGGCAAACUAAUACGUCCACCCAUGCCGCUUUCUCGUACAUGUAUGCUGGCUUCAGCUCCUUCCUCAUUAUGGUCACCGUGGUUUCCAACAUCUUGGUGUGCAUGGCCCUGAUCCGCAUGCACCGGCAGUUCAUGCGGCGCACCUCCCUGGGGACAGACAACACCACUAGCCGCUUGUCAGACUUUCGCCGGCGCAGAAGCUUCCGGCGCAUGGCUGGAGCAGAGAUCCAAAUGGUCAUCUUGCUCAUUGCCACUUCCUUGGUGGUUGUGACUUGCUCCAUUCCUCUAGUGGUGCGUUUCUUUGUGAACCAGCUGUACCGUCCGGAUGUAGUAAAAGACAUCCAGCAGAACCCAGACUUGCAAGCUAUCCGUAUAGCUUCGGUGAACCCCAUCCUUGAUCCGUGGGUGUACAUUCUGCUGCGCAAGACAGUGUUGAGCAAAGCCAUUGAGAAGGUCAAGUGUCUUUUCUGUCGCAUUGGAGGGGCCCACCGGCAGCACUCAGGAAACAACUGCAACUGGGCAGAUGGUCGCAGGACCUCCUCUGUCAUAGCCAGCCAUUCACCCUCCUUCAUCUCUCGUGAGUUGAAGGAGAUCAGUAGCACUUCACAGACGCUGCUAUACCCCCUGGAGCUGAGCGAAGGGACAGUUGGCGACCGUAUGCUGUUACCAGGAACCAGCAGCUGCCUUGCCCAGUCAGAUACUACAUCUAUAAGGACCUUAAGGAGUUCAAACACCUCAGCGUCCUCUCAGGGGCAGGACUGUGAGAAUACUUUUUUGGUGAAUGAACUAAAGCCUAAUGGUAUAGUUAGUAGCACUCCAAAGGGCAGCUCCCUUCAAGUCACUUUUCCUAGUGAAACUCUGGACUUGUCAGAGAAGUGUAUAUAAGCAGUAGAAAGAAUUAAGACACAGUUGGUCCUUAAGAAGUCAAAUGGGGAGGAACUGAUACAAUGGACAUACCUAAUGCCCAUCUUUGCCAUCUGUUCUGUUGACCUAUUCUAGCUAAGGCACAUACCUGAAGCUUGUUUGGCUUUCCCUACCCCAAGCUUGGGGAUCAAAUAGCCAUUCAGGGCAAGAUGGACUGGAAAUGUGCAUCAGGUGGGAGCCCAGGUGGGAUGUUGAACUAGCCGCCAUCAGAGUUAAGCAUCUUGGCUUGCGGUGGUUACAUCUCUCUCCACAUCGGUGGUAAGAAGGAAAGAGGCAGCUGCUGGAACUUCCUUGUUAUGUGAUAAGCCCGGGUUUUUGCAGGGAAUUAUUACCCUAGAGACUCAUCUUCUGCCAUCAGACCCCGCCAAAAUAACAAAGGAAUGUAAGGAUGUCUGAAGCACAGGCUGCUGCUUGUUGCCUUACCUCGCCCUAGGAGAUAGGACUGCUUUCACAAAGCCUGUGUUGGAAAAAGUCACCAAUCUUCUCCAUCUGUACAUGAUUGAAGCUUACUUAUUCCACUCCGACCCACCCUCAUGACUACAUCGUUUAGAGAGAAUUAAUUGCUAGUUGCUAACGGAGGAACAAACUGAUCCAGUUGAUGCAGAACUGAAAAUCUCUCAUGGUGUGAAAAAAAAAUGUGAAUUUUUCUGGCUGAAAUAUUGUGACUGUAUUUAAGGAUUCCAUGUUCUUCUCUGUGAGAAGGUUAAUUAUUAAUACAAAGUAUAGAGAAAAGUAAUAUGGUCAGCCCUCCUUUCUUCUUAAUGUCUGCUGUUGGAUAAUUUUGCAUUAGAUUCAUUUUUCAGAUUUGCAGACUGAACAGGCCAAAAUAGAGCUGAUUCACGAGACAAGCGUUGAGGAAUCUGGAAUUACAAGGGAAUGUGUUUUGAUACCACUAAGGGAAUAAUAAAAGCUUUAUGUUUUUAAAAUGU